CCUGAUAUAUGAUUAAAAAAAUAAACCUGGUACAUGAGUCAUUCAUAAUCAGCACAUUCCUUCAGCAUUUUUGUAUGAAGAUAUAUAAAACCCCAAACAAGUUUCAUCCCAUGCCCUCCCACUAUUAUGGCAACAUCAACAUAUUGUCGUCCCUGCAGCCUGCUGUCUGAACGUACUUCAUCCCCUCUCUCCUGCUCUCUGCUGAUGUACAGACUUUCUGUUCAGAAAAGGAAAGCCUGUUUGUUACGCUGGAGAGUUUCAAAGAAAGGGAGACAACCCGUCCGCUGCCCGUCUCUCACUCCACUACAAUUCAGCCGACAAAACAACAGAUCCCUAUCUCCAUGGAGAGUCUGCUCGCCAUCACGCCCAGCACCUCCCACGCGAGUGCCACGCACAGUGUAGAUCAAUGACCUCAUGCACCCUCAUGAGCACUGAGGACAAUAAUCUGAAAACAGCAGCUAAAAGAUCUCUGUAUCAAACCAAAUGAUGGAAUUCUGGCCCGAGCAUCAGGGACAAUCAUCUCUCUAUGCUAAAUUUGGAACUGUACCUGGGAGAAAUUGUACACAUAAUUAUCAUGACAGACAUCAUGCAACCCAUUCUCCCUUUUACUAUGGAACGCAGCAGGAUCAAGGCAGGGAGGCUAGUUACUGGACUGUACCAGGAUCAAGAACAGGUGGGGGUCUACACGACUACACCAACUGGACGAACCCAGAGCUUUCUGCCCAAACUUCUUCCCACUUCCCUUUUAUUCUGGAUCGGCAUACCCGGCAGCACCAGGGCCUGGGAGAGUAUCAGCCACAUGAAGCCAGAGGCCGAGAGUGGAUAUCAGAUCAAAGAGUGGCGAGGGAAUACGAUAGGGGAUUUCUGAGGGAGGGAUGGCAGGGGAGAUGGGAGCCCUCUAAUCCUGUUCGCUACAACAGAGAAGUGUCCACUAAGAGGAGCGACAGCAGCUACCGUGAGCUAGAGGCCUGGGCAGCUCGAUAUAGCCAUUCACUUCCGAGGAGGAGAAACAGAGAGGCAGAAUUGAGGGGCACAUCUCAUGUCCUGUUGGAGAGCAGCAGGGCUCCAGAGAGGAGGAGUGUGACAGAUCCUCAGGUGGCGGUGCUGCAACAAGUCAGACAAUCUGCCAGCAUCAGAGAAUCCGGAGCGUGGGACAGAGGAGGCAGACUGCAAACUCCAAACUAUUAUCCACUACAAGCUCCUGUCAAUGACACAAAGCACAUGUUGGACAGUAAAGAGCAGACAGGCUACCAAAGAAGGGUGUUUAGCCAACCUCCUGGAUAUAUUGCUCCUCCUCCCUAUGACAGCCCACAUAAAAGCUCACCUGUAAUCCACCAUUGUGACACCAGCUGUGGGCAGAAAGGGAUGCAACAACACUACUGGUCACAGCCCACUCUCAGAAAAGAGGAUGCAUGUGUAGAUGUGCAGGAUAAGAGGAAGGUAGGGAAAGAGGACUUUACAAAACCAGAUGUGAAUGAAAUCUGUGCAGAGCUGGAAAGACUUGAGCAAAGAGGACCAGGAACAGUUGCUGUACAAGGAGGCAUUCCUUUCAGUGUCCAGAGUUCACACAUGCAACAUGAGUGUAUGUCAUCUCUGCAGCAGCCACAAUUGAUACAAGCAGUUCAGGACACAAAGACAAAUGAGCAAACAUCCUCAAAGGUCAUUGAAGGGAGAAAGUUCAGAUUAAAUAAAAAGACCGGAGGGCUGACCAUAUUCUGCCUGGUUUCACGAAUUUCUGGCACCACAGAAACCCCAUCCUUGCCACUUUGCACUUCCCAAGGAAACAUUCAAAGCACAGAAUUUGGAGAACGUUGUAAAGAUCCAAGGGACAAUGGUGACAUGUAUCAAACACAAAAGCUUGCAGAUGAAGUAGACUUCAUAGUGCCAACACUCACAGAGCAGUCAAAUACUUCUGAUGGAAGAAAUGUCAAAGCCAAACAGAAGGCGACAUCUGCCUGCAUAGAAAGUGAGAUGUUUAGUGAUAAUCUGUCAAAGAAAACAAAGACAGGAGAAAAUAAUAAUUUAAACGAUGCAAAUUCUACUUUUGGGAGACAGGUUACUCAGCCAGUGCACCCUGUGUCAGUUAAAUAUCCUUUGUGGAGGGAGCCAAGUUUCACAAGCAGGGCGGAAACAGACAGUUCUUCCACAGUUUUGAAAGCAAACAGCGAGGAAGUAGAAUCAGAUGAUGCACACAACCUAGGAGAGUGUGCUCCAGUUCAUCCAGUCAAUGUCGAAGUAAGAACACUAGACAUCAAGAAAGACACACAGUCCGAGGACACGAAGGGUCUACUCGUCAUCGACACAACAUGUGUUGUUGUCAAAAUGGAGCUGAUUCCAUCACCGAAGAAAGAUCAUGUUCACUAUUUAGGCUCCGCAAAACACACAGAUGACAGUCCACUCGAUAGUCAGUCGAGCACCUCUGCUGAAUCAAACUCUCAGCUGAAUCAGGAUGUGCUUCCAAACCCCUUGCAGAUAAAUGACAGGGCUGAGAUUGAAACAGAGUCAGAUGUUGAGGAGGAAGAGGAACCUGAGGGAGGAGGUGACAUCUCUUUAGCCUGCACGUCUUCAUCUUCCAUUUCUGAAAGGGAAACCUUGCAGGAGCGUGCUGAAAGGAUCCUAGGUAUCCCUCUACAUGAGUGCAUCACUGAGGAACAACAAGAUGCUACAUCUCUUAUUGACUCGUGUGUUGAGAAGUGUGAUGAGGAGGUGGAACCUUCUCCAAUAGCAGACAUUCAUGAUGCAACUGAACAACUCCUACAGGACACACAAGAUGAGGAACGGUUCCAGAAUCACCUAGAAAUGGAUCAAGUUCAGGAUAGUGUUGAUUUGCAAGAGAGUUAUGAAGAGGAGGAUCAGGCUCAAAAUGAAGAUGGGAAGCAUUUUGUAGUACUUCAGCGGCAGGUCUCUGAUAUGUCUGAGGAGAGGGACACUGAGUCCCAACUUGAAACUAACAUCAAAACAGCACAGGAAGAUGAAAUGGCUGAGGAAAAUCUGUUUGAACAAACUCAUGAAGACAGUAUGACUGAGCAGAGUCAGGCAGAAGAUUCACCAGUUGAAAAUGACCCAUCUCAACAUCUCUCUCAGUGUUUCAGUCCAUGCAAAGAUCUUUCUGAUUAUUGUUUGCUUCCACACCCUAACCUUACUUCUCUCUCAUCAUCUUUCUCACAGUCAUCCACAGAGAAAGGUCUAAAUCCUCAGUUGGCUGCAUUCUGCACCACUGAAAACCUUGUUCCUCAUCCUGAAACCUCAUCCCUUCCUGAUGCACCAUCGCAACAGCCAUCUCCUCUCCCCCCUGCACCUACCGAAUCUUCUCCAAGCUCCACUCCCCAUAGAUGUCAUUCCCCAAGUCCUUCUCCUCCUCCUGAUUUAAUAGAUCAAGUGCCAGAAACGAUGUCCAGCAUUGAGGAUCAUGAUGAGGAGGGUGACACCUUGCAGCUAGUAACCAAUGACACGAGUGACCUUGAGGCCCUUGGGGAUCAGCAACGACUUGAAUAUGAGCAACCACACAAUGCUCCUUGUGUAGAAGAGAGCAACAGCACUGAUAAGCAACAAGCAAAAGAAGUGGAUAGGGAAAUUACAGACAUUUUGGAACAGUGUCUUGAAAUGUCCAGACAAAAUGCUGCAGAGUCUAACAUUUUGCAGCAGCAAUCUCUGUGUGUACAAGCAGAAGAAUGUGCUUGUAUUAAAGAAAGUCAUGUGACUGAUGAGCAACAACAAGAACAAACCGGUGAGGAUCCAGCAGAGCUUUUGGAAAUUACAGUAUCGCAAGAAAACAUAGCAGCCAAUCAAAGUCAAGCUGAAGUUGAAAUUUUGCCGCAACAAUUUGAUAAUGGUCAAGAGGACACUUCCUAUGGAACAGAGAGCUAUAUGACUGCAGAGUCUAACAUUUUGCAGCAGCAAUCUCUGUGUGUACAAGCAGAAGAAUGUGCUURUAUUGAAGAAAGUCAUUUGACUGAUGAGCAACAACAAGAACAAACCGGUGAGGAUCCAGCAGAGCUUUUGGAAAUUACAGUAUCGCAAGAAAACAUAGCAGCCAAUCAAAGUCAAGCUGAAGUUGAAAUUUUGCCGCAACAAUUUGAUAAUGGUCAAGAGGACACUUCCUAUGGAACAGAGAGCUAUAUGACUGCAGAGUCUAACAUUUUGCAGCAGCAAUCUCUGUGUGUACAAGCAGAAGAAUGUGCUURUAUUGAAGAAAGUCAUUUGACUGAUGAGCAACAACAAGAACAAACCGGUGAGGAUCCAGCAGAGCUUUUGGAAAUUACAGUAUCGCAAGAAAACAUAGCAGCCAAUCAAAGUCAAGCUGAAGUUGAAAUUUUGCCGCAACAAUUUGAUAAUGGUCAAGAGGACACUUCCUAUGGAACAGAGAGCUAUAUGACUGCAGAGUCUAACAUUUUGCAGCAGCAAUCUCUGUGUGUACAAGCAGAAGAAUGUGCUUAUAUUGAAGAAAGUCAUUUGACUGAUGAGCAACAACAAGAACAAGCCGGUGAGGAUCCAGCAGAGCUUUUGGAAAUGACAAAAUCGCAAGAAAACAUGACAGCCGAUCAAAGUCAAGCGGAGGUUGAAAUUUUGCCGCAAAAAUUUGAAAAUGUUGGUCAUGAGGACGCUUCCUAUGGAACAGAGAGCUAUAUGACUGCAGAGCAAUUACUAAAAGAUAACAGUGAAUAUACAGACCUCUUAGUACAGACUUCUGAAAUACUCAAAGACAAUAUGACUGACAGUGAAAGUCAAGAAGAAGCAAAAAUUGUGCAGGAACAAUAUAUGAAUGUUUCUUGUGUGAUGAGUCCUAUGACUGGAGAUGCAUUACAAAUAGAUGUGGAUGAGGAACCAUCGAUAUCCCACAAAAAUGCUACCGACAAUCAGACUCGAGCAGAAAUUGAAAUUGAAAUGUUGCAGGAUGUUGAAGCUGGAACUGAACCUUCUGGCUUUACUUCCCCAUCAACUUCAGACUCCAGGGUGUCUCAGUCACCUCCAGAUGUGCUCUUACCCUCAGAGCUUCCCUCUUCACCACAUGCAUCACACAAGUCAAACACAGAGCCCAGGUCUCCUCUGGAAGUGGAGUCAGCUCUAAAUCCUGUCACUGCUGAUGUUGGCCUCCCUGAAACUGUUUCACCUGCUCUUCACUUGGACUCUUGUGAAGAAUCCCCUCAGCUUUCAUCUUCCUCUAUCGAAGAAUCGGCCCAAAAUCAGGCUCCCCUCACUUCUACUCCCCCUCAUGAGGGAGUUGAAGAUGUUUCCUUUGACCAACCCCACAAAGCGCUCCAAUAUCCCAAGUCCCUGUGGGACGCUGUAAAUCGCAUUCGAAAACAUACAGCACCUGACUCUGAGAAUGAAGAGGAGGAAGUGAGCGAGCAGUGGGAUCCAGAGAGCACAGGGGGAGAUUUGGGUUGCCUAGAUGUGGUGUUUGUUAUGAACUCUGGGACGGUGAUCUUUGAUAACAAAGGGCGAUGUGAGGUUUCAACAGGAAGUUUUGUGGAUGUAGAGCAGGACUCAUGUGAUGAAGAGUCAAGCAUGCGUGCUGAAGAAGACACACUUUCCUGCAGCAGCAACAGCAGCCACAGCUCUGGAGAUACGAUUAUUGUAGCAGAAGAGGAUGAAAUUGAGGAAAUGCCACCUGGUGCCGUGACAGAAAGCAAGACAGAGAGUGACAAAAGGAUUCCCAUGGCUGAAGGAGAGCGAUGCUGCUGUAGUGAAGUAAAAGAUGAGACUGCAGAUGAUGAUGAGGGAGCGGAAGAGCUUAUCGAGGGAGACAAAACACAAUUGUGCCUGAGUGGGGAGUGCUCUGCUGAGGGGGAGACUAUAACAGUUAAAGCCAUGAAAAUAACAGAAAUGGAGCAGGAAGAAGUAGAGGAGGAGGAUUUCCCCCCCUCAGAGGUCACACAGGUCGACACUGUACAGCUGUAGUGUAGCAAAGUGAGUUAGUAACACAACCCAAGAAAACUGACUCGGUGUGUUUAACAAGACUGUUAAAUAAAGUUAAAUAAAAGAUAGAUAAAUAAAAAAGCAUCUAAUUUGCUUUCAAUGAAAAGUAUUUUUUCAGUGUAAUGUCAUGGUUUUUAUUGUUUGGCUGAUCUGUGAUGCUUUCACUGUGAGAGAAAUGAGGGAAUUUGACAGAGGAGAAAUCUAGUCUAAAAACUUAAAUAUUCACAAUCAGCUCUACAAAUAUAUUUUAAAAAAAUUGUUUGAAAAAAAAAAAUCUAAAUGUGUUUUUAGUGCCAUUGUAAAAAUGUUUUCCAUAUGAAUGCAGUCACAAGAUUAUGGAAAUGAAUACUAUAAACUAUGUCAU